CAACCUCAACGAAACCUGUGUGUGUCAGCCGCUAGCCGCUCUGCUUGGUGAAUCUUGUUAUGCGGGUUUCGUGAGAUGCGGUUCAGUUAUCUGUUUGUUUUUGGAUGAAUAUAUGUGACGGACACUGUGAAAAACUUGUUAAAAUAAUAUCAGAGAACUUCCUGUGCGUAACAGUACCCCAUUUGAGACGUUUCAACGCAUAUCAAAUUUGAUUUCAGAAUGACUUCGAUAAAAAACCGAGAGCGUAUUUUGGAGGCGAUUGACCAGUUGCGUCGGAGAAAAGCACGACCGGAUAUACAGAGAAUCUGCAAUUAUUUAUUUCGACGAUUUGCCGUAAACUCCGUAGAGGCAAGAUCUGAUUUGGAAUGGUGCGUAGCAAAUAAUCACGUUCUUAAAGUGGAAUAUAAAGGCAGCAUAAGCUACCGUAACGCUGCAAAAAAAUACGCACAAAUGAGACAGCGUGACCCUAAUCAAAAGACAAAGUUAUUGAAUCCGAAAAAUCAAAGUAGUAAUGCAAAUGACAGCGUUAACAAACUAAAUAGACAAUUUAGUGAGCUGCUAACGAAUGCAUUUGGAGAAUUAAUUGUAGAAGAACCUGAUUACCUGGAAAUAGGCGUUCCCGGGACAGAAAUAAUCAACAGCAUAUUGUCGAAAGACAGUGUGAGGUAUACGAAAAAGUAUAUCAGUAUACUGUUGGAGAAAGAGGUGAAAAGCGGUGGACUAAUCAAAAUGGAUAAUGGACAUUACCUAAUGGGACCAUCCAGGGAUGACGAAGAUGACGAUAAAGAGGAGACUGAGAAAAGGGAUAGCUGGAGUAGUACUAAGACAGAGAUGGAAAUGAAUUUCCCGAAUGAUGAGGACAGAGAUAGAGACUCUACUAAUCAGAAUAAUAGAAAUGUUACUGAGGAAUAUUUAAUUCAAGUUAAACCCAAAAAACGUGCCGGAACCCAAGCAAAAAAAGACUUUUUUGAAAAUAUGGAUUCCUCUACAAAUUCUGCAGACGAGAAAAAAUCUGACAAUGGCUCUUUGAGGAUUGGGGGAAGACGUAAGAGAGCUAAAAAAGUAUUUGAUCCUUCUGACAACAAUGUUCCAAAAAAGAGAGGCAGACCAGUUGGAUCUUUAAAUAGAUCGACAAUAGAGAAACAGAUGGCUAAAGCUAGUGAUGAGAGUCGUCCAGAUUCACGAACUUCCAGCAAUGGUCGUGAGCAAGGAGGAGUAUGUUCUGUCUGUCACGUUCAGAACAAACGAGGACCAAACGAUCGUAUGGUGGCUUGUAGGGAAUGCAGUAAUAAAGCUCAUUUCAGCUGCCUGAAUGGAGACGACAUGAUGUUGAAAUUAUACCCAGACAAUACUUGGCAAUGUCCGCAUUGCAAAACUUGUGUAGUUUGUUAUGAAACGUCAGAUGCGGGAAAUUUGACGGUUUGUUCAGUUUGUGCUGACGGAUACCAUGUCGGGUGCCAUCAGCCUCGAAUUCCGGAAAAAAAUCGUAAUGGGAACAAAUGGCUUUGUAUCAACUGCCAGAUGCCCGAUGAGUUGAAAAUAAAUCAAAUACAGUCUAGUAUUGGAAAUUCUUUUAGCCAGAAGAGUCUUGUAGAUACUAAUGACGCCACGUCUUCAAACUCUGAAGAUUCUUCUCCAUACAAUUAUAAUUCGCCUCCUUUAUCACCAACACCUCCUCAUUUGAGUCCUCAAACGGGUACAAGGCCAGAAAAUUCUGAUCAAGAAGAACAAUCAGAUUCUCAAAGCGUUAAAGAUGAAGAAGAAGUUGAUGACAACAUUGAUCCUUCGAUACCUGAUGCCACCCAUUGGACUGCUGAUGAAGUCUAUCAAUAUUUUGCCCAAUACUUUCCUGAAGAAGAAGCUAAAAUUUUCAAAGAACAGGAAAUAGACGGACGUUCUUUGCUUCUUUUGAAGAGGAUAGACGUUUUGACAAACUUGAAUUUGAAGUUAGGUCCAGCACUGAAAAUCUACAAGCAUGUUGUUAAACUACAAGUACGUAGAGAUGAUCCUAGAUUAUAUUGGCUCUAAGAAUUUUUAUUAUUAAUUUGCAAGGUUAUUUAUUGUUAUAUACCGGCACCAUUAAUUUGUUACUUUAUUUGCAUUAUUUUUGUUAUAUAUAUAUGUAUAUAAUUAUAUGAAGUUCUUUAUCGAAA